UACCCUCACUUGUUUUCUCCGUUUGGGAACACGGAAUUUUCCGGACACGUGGCGGCCACUCAUAAACAGAUGAACGAUCUCAAAUGCUGCCAUUUGCACAUAAUAAAAGCUUCGACCUUUAUUCCCUUGCUUUGCUCAAUGCUUGUAGGUUUUUUGAGUAGAUUUUUGAGAAGAUAAAUCUUCAAUUAGGUUGGAAGAGCCGAAGAGGGACAUCAAAUCUCUUUUAUAAAGGAACAGGAGAAAAGGAAAGGAGGAGGAGGAGGAGGAAAUAAGAACUAUGGACGGGUCGAAAGAGAUCAAGAAGAGAGUGGCAUUUAUAUUGAUCGAUGGAUUAGGUGACGUCUCGUUGCCGAGAUUCCAGCACCAGACCACUCUUGAAGUGGCUAAUACUCCUAAUUUGGAUGUAAUUGCUUCUACUGGAGUAAACGGUCUCAUGGAUCCUGUGGAAGCUGGCUUGGGCUGUGGGAGUGACACUGCACAUCUUUCUUUAUUGGGGUAUGAUCCAAGGGUUUAUUACCGAGGUAGAGGAGCAUUUGAGUCGAUGGGUGCUGGAUUGGCCAUGGCCCCUGGAGACAUUGCAUUCAAGUCAAACUUUGCAACGAUCGAUGAGAACACUGGAAUUGUUACUAGCAGAAGGGCUGACCGACAUUUUGAGGAAGAAGGCCCAAUCCUUUGCGCAGCGUUGGAUGGAAUGAAGCUUCCAUCCUAUCCUGAAUAUGAAGUGAGAAUCAAGUAUGCCACUGAACACAGAUGUGGUGUAGUCGUUAAAGGGCCAAACCUGAGUGGAAAUAUAUCUGGGACAGAUCCAUUAAAAGAUAACAGAUUACUGCUUAAAGCCGAGGCUCUGGAUGAUACAGAGGAAGCGAAACAUACUGCAGCUGUAGUCAAUGAACUUUCUAAGGAGAUAUCACGGAAAUUGGUAUCUCACCCUUUAAAUGCGAAGCGGGCAGCAGAGGGGAAGAACAUUGCAAACGUUAUUCUCUUGCGAGGUUGUGGUAUCCGAAUUGAGGUUCCUGCAUUUGAGAAGACCCAUGGUUUAGCCCCAUGUAUGGUUGCUCCCACCAAAAUUAUUGCAGGGCUUGGUCUGUCAUUGGGUAUCGAUAUACUUGAAGCUCCCGGGGCAACUGGAGAUUACCGAACACUUCUAACCUCCAAAGCCAAAGCUAUAGCUAAUGCACUUUCUGCUCCUCUAGAGCCAUGCCCAGGUGUUUUUGUACCUGGAGAGGAUGAUGCUAAACCAGGACGAGCUGGGGGAUAUGAUUUUGGUUUCCUUCACAUCAAGGCAAUAGAUGAUGCUGGUCAUGACAAGGCAACCCUACUAAAGGUCCGAGGCUUAGAAGCUGUAGAUAAAGCCAUAGGCCAGCUAGCAAAACUCCUCUGGCCAGCCGAAAAGUCUGGGAACUUUCAAUAUUAUAUCUGUGUCACUGGUGACCACUCAACACCGGCAGAAUAUGGAGAUCAUAGCUUUGAGCCUGUUCCUUUCGCAUUGUGUAAACUAAAAGAUUUUGUCAGGGCAAAGGGAGAGGAUAAGCUUAUGGAAACAUCCCUUGAGACUUUCCCUCUUCCUUCUGUGAAAGCUGGGGAGGAUUUAAGCGAAGAGGUAGUAUCAUCAGAGAGAACAAGUUUCUAUAAAGCAUUUGGAGGAGAUGAAGUUAGUGAGUUCAGUGAGAUAGCAGCAGCCAGAGGAGUUCUUGGGAGGUUUCCAGGGAGCGAGAUGAUGGGGAUAAUCAAGAAAUUUAUCAAGUCAAAGAAUGAUUAGUUCUUUGUAUUAAUCUAUGUAAGCGUAACUUUAUGAAACUUUUUUUCUUUCUUCACCAGUGGCUCGAUGAGGAAUAAUCUAUAUAUACUAAUAAAAGAGAAUGUUUAU